AGGCUGAGAUGCAAGAGACGUGACAAUAUGAAUGUAAAAAUAUCCCAUUUUAUUGAGGUCUGAGUGGAACAAGAAUGGCGAAAGCACUCCCAGUAGAUGCGGAGAUACUUUAAGUAUGGCAGUAACUCACUUAAAACCGUAAGAGGAUUUACAAAUAGCAAAUUAUGAGUAGCACUGUCGAAGAUUGGCUUCGGUCGUUGGGACUUAUUCAAUACACACAGGCCUUUCUCGAUAAUGGCUACGAUGAAUUGGACAUUUGUAAAGAAAUGGGCGAAGAGGAUUUGGAUGCGAUUGGUGUUAGGAAUACUAGAGAUCGUGUGGAUAUUCUAAGUGCCGUGAAUCGUUUAAAACAGAGCGGUACAGCAGUCUACUUCGUGCUCGAAGAUAGCACACAACAACCUACACCCAAUAGUAAUGCCCAGGCCCGGGAAAAGAUCCUUCCCCUAAAACUUAAAAUGUUUCUUCAUGACACGCUUGAAGAGGACAAUAUUAAGCUUAGUGACUACCCAUAUACUCUUUCGAGUGGUCUACGUGGUAACCUAGAGACCCUUGUCACGCUGUAUGCUGAUAAGUUUUAUACCUAUGAGGAUGAUGUAUUUGAAGCUUUGGAAAGCAUCCGUGUACGUCAAGUGGGAGAGAUGCAAGAACAGUUGCGACGGGGCCCAGAGGUUGUUGAAUCCCCCAGUCCCAUUGUUGAAAGCAAGCCUAAAAAACAACAUCAAAGGAGUCACACAACCCCUUUACAACCUGUUGCUAAAGAGCCUAGUGGUUGGAAUACAAUACCAUCAUCAAUGAAGAUGAAAGAAUCACAUCAUAAAAUUCAGGUUGUUGAUCCGGCUGAUUAUCUCGAUGUUGAUACCCAGUCUUCCCCGCACAAGAAAGUCAAAAGGAGAAGACCGGUAGAAAGAAACUCCAAGCUAUCAAGAAGUCUUGAUUCAUUGAAGGAACUUCAUGUCAACCAGGAUAUUAAAACUAAGGCAGAUAAAGACACAUCUACAAACAAGUCCAAGCAGUCGUCCAUUUUCGGGAUAUUUAGAAGUAGUAAAAGAAAAACUGCCUCACUGGAYGAGAAGUCUUCCGACACUAAAUCUGUCAGUAGCGUUAAAUCUGCCUCGGAAAGCUCAGCWAGUAGUGUCAUGAUGAGCGAGGAGGAUAGAGUAGCUUUAAUGYUGAUGGUGAAGAAUGGAGAAUUGACAGUCGAAGAAGCUGUACAGCAGAUAGAAAGUUUCGAAAAAGAACACAGAAAAGUACAGACAUCACUAAGACAAGAAACAAGAACAAGCAGUUCUUGUAGCGAAGAAGACUCGCCCAAAGGACAACACAAACUGAAACGAGGCCUUUUUGGUCGAAGUACAAAAAAGAAGACACCGAGCAGGCCUGGGUCUGAAAUUGCGGCUUGUGAUAUGACAAUGAGUGAAGAAGAUAGAAUUAAUUUAAUGAAGGCAGUGCGAGACCACGAGAUAACAGUAGACGACGCGGUCAAGAAGCUCUACAGCUUUGAAGAGAGCUCCAAUGUACCAAAGCCCAAGUCGGUCAAGCCUAAGUAUUCCCCGAAGUCUCCGCAUACUUUCUCAAGAAUCAGCAUCAAACGUGUAUCGGCAGCAUUCACAUCAGGCCGAGGUACUUCCAAGGAUGAGCCAAAUUCUGUAUUUUAUGCUCCAUCAGAAGGCGUAGCCAACACAAGCUCAGAAGAUGAUAGUGCGCAUGUGCCUUCCGACUCAUCACCAGAUCCCUCUCCUGCUGGACAUAGAAAGCCUGCAAACGAGGUUAUACGAAGUAUUCAGCAAAAUCAGAUUCAUUCCACGUCGUCAUUGCAUAGUUCGUCGAGUAGUUCAGACGCGGUCGAUAGACUGGGUAAUACUGAAGACUCGCGGAGCCCUGUUAAACAGGGUGCUGUGGUCGACGAAAUGAAAACUAUCUUUUCGAAAAAAGGUUCUCUCGAACGUGAAGAUCAAUAUCCAUCCAAAACCAGCUCUCUGCCAAGAAAUGGAAGUAGGGCUAAAGUCGCAUCGUUAAACCGAAAAGGCUCGUUACCACUUACUAAACCACCCCCACCCCCUCCGUCUCGGAAAACUCCUGUCCCUCCCCCUCGUACUUUACAAAAGCAAGCCACCGAACCAGUUCUUAAAAUUUCGGGAAUUGUUACAGACAUUUCAAACUCAAUAACUGAGUUACCAGAACUUGAAGGGAAAGUACCAAUAGUUCCACCAAGAAAGAAAGAUGAAGAUUUUAAAAAUGAACUUGAAGAGAAACUUUCUUGUCAGCAACCUUCAACUUUGCCAGUAGAGCAAGAUCAACAUAGGAAGACUUUUGAUAAUGAACAUUCGAAGGGUUCUCCUUCACAGACUGUAAAUACUAGGAAUAUUUCAAAUAGGGAUUCUUUGGAGGAUGACGUAUUUCCGCCUCUUCCACCGGAAGUUGUUUUAAAAGAAGUUCGCGAGGAAAAAGAAAGAAAAAGAAUUGUUCUAAAGCCGCCAAGACCUUCUUUGAGACCUCCAAAAAAAGUUGUUGAACAAAAUACUAAGGAAAAGACUAUAAAGGAAGAUGAUCUUCCUUCAGAAACUGACGCAGUACCUCCCCCUGCGGAAAACUCUAGCCAAUCAAUUAAUAUCGUAGCAGCAAAACCACUUCCAAUAGUCCCCACUGCUGCGAAACCCACUCCAGUACCACCCCCUGCUGYACCAUCCCCUCCUGCAAAACCUUUCUCAGUGCCUCACUCUUCGUCUAAGCCUAAUGAUUUGCCUCCACCUUCAAUAAAACCUAAACCAGUUGUCAAAAAGAARCCAAAGCUGCCACCUAAACCGCCAACUAAACCAGGCUCAUCUUUAAAGUAUGAGGAACCAGAUGAAUGUGGCGCUGAGGUGUCCCAAGACCAAGCCUCUUCAUUAGAUGUUCCUGAAUCUCGGGUGCCGCGUAAAAGACCCUCGCAUUCCCUGUCAGACUURAUUGAACGGCGUUURCGUAUCGAACAAAUUGAUCUCACCGAGAGACCUUAUUCUUCUGUGGUUGGAAAGUGGGGUAUUCCAAUCAAUCUUGUUGAUAGAUAUACCGAGGAAAUGCGAAGAUCGCAGAAAGAGGUUGUUGAGGUUUUAGAUAGAAUACGGUGUUUUAAGCUUAAAGAUAAAGGCCGUAAUGCG